GAUCCAGAGGACACAUCAGAGGAGCUGACAGCUGUGGUUUGUCUUGAGUCAGACCUGCAGGAUGGACAGAUGAUGGAGGUGGAAGUGGGACAUCACAGCGUGUUGUUGACGCGCUGCGAGGGCAAGUACAGCGCCAUCGGUAACCAGUGUACGCACUAUGGCGCUCCGCUCAGCAAAGGGGUUAUCUCAGGCCACCGAGUACGCUGCCCGUGGCAUGGCUCCUGUUUUAACGUCCAUACAGGAGAUCUGGAGGAGUGUCCUGGCAUGGACUGUUUACCCUGCCACAAGGUCAAAAUUCAAAACAGCAAAGUGUAUGUGUCGGUAAACAAGAAGACUCUCCGGCAGGAAAAAAGAUUAAAGAAUAUGGGAGCUGCAGUACCAGGAGUUACUCACACUGUUCUGCUGCUCGGAGGAGGCGCUGCGUCUCUGAUCUGCGCUGAGACUCUACGGCAGGAAUACUUUGGCGGCAGAAUAAUCAUGGUCACCAGAGACGACCUCUUACCUUACGACAAAACCCGACUCAGCAAGGUGAUGAAUGUGGAGAGUGACAGUAUUCUGCUGAGGAGGAUGGAGUUUUUCCAUCAGUACGACAUUGAGGUGUGGCUCAGGAAAGAAGCGCUGUCAGUGGACACAGAAAAGAAGACGGUCACAUUUGACGAUGGUUCAGUCCAGAGCUACGACCAGCUCCUCGUCUCAACAGGCUGCAGAGCAAAGGGUCUGGAUGUGCCUGGCAUCGAGCUGCAGAAUGUCAAGAUGUUGGAGACGCCAGAGGACGCAAGACAAAUCCACUCAGUCUGUCUGGGCUGCAACGUCGUCCUCGUGGGAACCUCGUUUGUUGGUAUGGAAGUUGCUUCUUAUCUAAUUGACAAAGCCUCCAGUGUCACAGUGAUUGGCAGCAGCGAGCUGCCGUACCAGAACACACUGGGUCCCGAAAUCGGCAAAGUCACCAUGAUGAUGCUGUCGGAGCAGAAUGUGAAGUUCUACAUGAACGAUAAUGUGACUGAGGUCAGAGGUGUCAACGGAAAGGUGAAGGAGGUCGUGCUCAAAAGUGGAAAAGUUAUUGCGGCUGAUGUUCUGAUUGUCGGCAUCGGCAUCAUCCCAAACUCUGAGGUCCUGAGAGGCAGUAACGUAAAGAUGGAUGCAAAACACUUUGUACAAGUCGACAAAUACAUGCGCACCAACGUCCCUGAUGUGUUCUGUGGGGGCGACCUCGCCACCUUCCCCCUGGCGAUGGCCAAAAACCGAAUGGUCAACAUCGGACACUGGCAGAUGGCACAAGCACAUGGGAGAAUAGCAGCUCUGAACAUGCUGAAUAAACCGACUGAACUCAACACAGUUCCUUUCUACUGGACCGUCCUACUGGGUAAAACAAUCCGAUAUGCAGGUUAUGGAGAGGGAUACACUGAGAUUGAGAUCAAAGGAAAGUUUGAGGACAUGAAGUUUCUGGCAUUGUACAUCAAGAAGGAGGAAGUUAUUGCCGUGGCGAGCCUCAACUAUGACCCAGCAGCGUCGGCCGUAGCUGAGAGGUUCGCAUCAGGAAAUGUCAUCACGAAGAAAGAGGCUCAAUCAGAUGAUCUGAGCUGGCUGCAGCUGUCCUGAUCUACAGCUCUCCUCUCAUGUUCUCAACAAUGUCGGCGUGAAGCCUUCGUCCUUCAUCUGUCUCUUCUUCAUCACUGCUCUCGCCGAAGACAGAGAGGGAAGACGUUAUGAAAACAUUUGAGUCAGAAGAGACAGACCUCAGUUAUGAUGUUGACCACAGUCAAAGUUUCCUGCUCUGUGUGUUGCUGCAGGUUGUGUGGAUUUCAUCCGUGCGUCACACAGUCAGUGUUCAUGUGAGGCGGACUUCACCGUGCACACAACAGAUACCUCAGAUGGAUGCAGAUUUUUGGGACUUUUUAAUAUUUUGUAUCAUUUCAUCAGAUUUUAUCUUUUUAUUUAAUUCAUGGAUUUAUGUCUCCAGAGGUAUUUCAGUAACAGUGCAGUGACAUCACAUUUGAGAAGCUCCAGUCAGAUUUUAAAGACGAUGUGUGCCUUUCUACUUGGAUGGGGCUGCUGGGAAAACACAAGUGACCUUGAUGCCCACUGCGACCGCGUACAUGCUACGGUCAGUGAGUCUGUCUGGGGGGGGGGGGUGAUGGGGAACCGAGCAGGGUUGUUGGGCUCUUUGAUGCAUAGAUGCUGAAACAGGCAACGGGAACAAAACCCACCGACGGGAAACAAUGAGCCUUCCGAGAAUGGAACACAAAGGCAGUGGGACAAAGUGUCCACAAAAGAAGUGCUGUGUUUUUCUCUCUUUCUCUCUGCUGGUGUGUCACUGUCUUUACUUCACACCUGUUGUUCCACCUCCACGUUUACUUUGAGCUCAGCAGCUCGUCUCAUUUUCACUGUAUCACCACAGUUCCCACUUGUGCAAACUUUUUAAGGAUAAUAUUUGAUAGAAUUUAAAUCAUAAUAAUAUUUAUUAAUUUUCUUUAUAAUCAAUUGAGAAACUGUUACAAGCAAAUGGAAAAUUAUUACCCAAUAUUUUUUGUCAUUUAUCUGUUUUUUUAUUGGCUAACAGAGCACAUUAAAUACCUGGAAUCAAGGUUCUUCAACACAUUGAUGCGGAAAUCAGUCACGGUAAGGUGACAGAUCAUUAAUGAUAGAUGAGGUACAUUCUGUUGCACAGCUUGUUUAAGCUGAAAGUAGAAUCAUAUUCAUUCUUUUGUUCAUUUUACUGGCAGAAGACAACAGCACCUAGAUUUCCCUGUAAUCUCACAUUUUUCUGAGGAUUGCGUUCAAAACAAAAAGCUGAGCAGCUUCACCCAAACUAUUAAUUAUUACAGAGAGUCAUUGAGUACAAUGCAUAUUCUUCAUGUUUUGUUCUCCAGAGGAUUUUUAGUGAAAGAUGCAGCUCUCGUAUGAUUAAGAACAAUCCUGAAUAUUAGUCCUUUCAUUCACCACCUUUGUUGAGCAAAGUGAAUCCUGAUUCCCAGAUAGAAAAUAACAAGGAUGUUACUUGUCUUUUAAACUUUUUUGUCCUGCGUUUCACUUUGUUCACGAAUAACAAAACAUCUCAGUCACCACAGCUCUGUCUCCUUUUGUAUUCAUUGACUCAUCAGUGUUGGAGCUUUUCAUUCACUCAGGAAACGUGUGACCUCUCUGCCCCCUGUCGUCCAGCAGCGACUCAGCACAGGCAGGAAAUACCAACUAUAAAUAAUGUGUCUCUCUGUAAAUGAGUCUUAUGUUACCUCAUCAUCACUUACACUGAAAAUAUCAUUAUUAAUAUAUUGUUGAAUCAGGGAGGACAUCAAACUACAUACUGGACCAAAUAUGUAGGUUUUAAACUGCCUGCCUUUUUGUUUGUCUCAUAUAGUUAAAAAUACAGAGCAGCAAGAAAUGAGAGAAAAGAAUAUCCCUGCAUAUUGUUCCACCCAAAAAAAUUAAAUAAAACAUUGAAUGAGCUUUUAAACACUUAUUAUUUUACAGUGUGACUAAGUAGUAUCAAAUCAUUUUAGUCACAUUUCAAUUUUAAUUAAACCAAUUUGAAGAAAAAAAAUCUAAAGAAAUUGAUAUUUUAUGGUUCUUACUUUCAACCCCUUUCUUUCUCUCUGACUUGUGGAUAUGGAGGAGUGGGACAUUAUCCUGAUAGUGUUUCAGUCCUGAAUUAUCACAUCCGGGACUUUCCGCAAGUGUUGCAUAAGUUAUAAGCACAAGAUAAACUCUGAAUAGGCCUAUUCAGGUCCACUGUGGAUGUGUUGGUCUGUAGCUGCCAGAGAAACAUUUCUAUCGGCUGUUUUAAAAAGUACAGAACUGGCAGCUCAUUCUGAGUUCGUCUUCAACGGCAGCAAAAGAUCCUUACUCAUGUGCCUCAAUCUGUUUUACACUGUUAACAAAUAAAGCCUGAUAUGAUUAAAUGUGGUUUGCCUCUAUA